AUGCUCCGAGUAGCAUUACGGUGUGCGAGACAAAUGCCUAGCGUAUGUAGUCAAGGUGCCACUACAAUCACUCGAAGCUAUGCGGCUGUAGGAAGCAAAGUUGUUCCCACCAAAGUUGACAAAAGUGUCGUAGAAGAAGACGCUGAGAAACUAGCGAAAUACGUCUGUAUCAACUACUAUAUUCAAGGUGAAGAACCAGGGCCAAAAAUUCUCCCAGACUCCGAAUAUCCACCUUGGUUGUUUGAAUUAGAUCUACGACCUCCACGCCCUCUUGAAGAUCUUGACCCCGAGAAGGAUGGAUGGCUGUACUGGCGAGCGCUUAGGAAUAGACAAAUUCAACAAAAUCGACGGAUAGAAAAAUUAAAGACAAGGUUCUUGCAUCUACAAAAUAGCCCAAGUAUGAAGAAGUAUAGCAAGUUUUAA